GAAAUCGAGGACCUUUUGUAGAUUUGAAAGACUAACCUCCGCUUUACAGAUCUAGAUCUGUGAGACUAACCUUCGCUUGUAGAUUUGAAAAACUAAUCCAAAGCUUCACCGAUAGAGCGGAUUUCAGUUCUUUACCACCGGAGAGAGGAGGACGAGAAAUUGUACGAAUAGCCGGACCGGCGAAACACUAUACAUUCAGAUACAUUUCAUUCCGGUCAUCAGCAGCCAUAAACACUCCAACCACCAUUAAAUUUGCUCAGACGGAUUUUUCAGUUCGAAGUUGAUUUUAAUUUUACAUGCAGAGAUUAAGGAAUGGCUCUAGUCGAAAAGUUAAGGAUGAUGAAAACAAUAGCUCUAAAGGGGCUGCUUGCAAACCUUCAACUCUUUCAGGUUCUGGAAGGUCGCCUACUGCUGGUUUGAGAAGGUCAGUUAGAGAAACACCUCCAAAAAGCGAUAUGAGUUCCAGUCCUUCCAGCACACGAAAAUCUGAGAGACUUGAGAAGCUGUCACCAGUUGCUUCGGUUCAGAAGAAAGUUGAGACGAAGAGUACUCCAAGUCCUUUGAGAAGGUCCGAGAGGGGUAAGAAGCAAUCAUCUUCAAGUUCUUCUGGGUCUAAGAAGUUGGGUUUAUCCUUAAAAAAAACACUAAAAAGAGUGAAGAGUGUAAAACAGUUGACACUUGAAACUGAAGAAGUUAGAGAAAGUGACGCACGGAUGGAAAAAAGCAUAUUGAAUGGUCGUGCUUAUAGGGCAUUAUUCAAGCAGCAACAAAAGAAACUUUCUGUGGCAGGUAAUAGCAAAGAGCUGAACCUAGAGAACAGUUGCGGAGGUGGUGCUUCCCAGAGUGUUGAUGGGGGAAAUGAAUCUGUUCAAGGGGAAGUGAAGGAACUGAUAGAAACUAAUCUUGGAAGAGAUUCAGAAAGAAUUUUGGAAGAAUCCAAUUGUAGUGUAAGCAAAUUCACCAAUUUGACUGUCAAAAAAACUGUUGGGCCAGAGUCUUCCCUCUCAAGCCAAAAUCGUAAGCUUGUAAAGGAAGCUCAUCAGUCUGAUAAUGGAGGAAGCAUGGAUGAUUCCAAAGAGGGCGGCUCUGUAACACUAUCAUUUCAGGGAACCACGACCAGAAAGCAGGAUGAUGUCGGUGAGACAGAAAAGGAAACCUUGGGACCUGACAUUGUAAUCCAUGUUUUAAAUGAAGAGAGAAUAGAUACUGGUGUUGGGUCAAAGAUUGGUUUCAAGGGCAUGACAUUGAAAAGAAAAAGUAGUACUCUUGAUGUGGAUUCCGAUUCUACUCCAGUUGAUUCCAGCAAAAAGAAUUAUACCUCUCAUGCUGAGCCCAUCAUUUCUUCUCCACGAGUGGACGAUUUUGCGGGCUCUUCUCUUACGUCCUUUAAAAAGCAAAGGGUAAAUAGCAACUUGUUAGAUUCAAAUCUAAACCAGCAUAUCAAUUGUGCCUCUUUGCCUGAGGAUAGGGGGGGAAUUGGAGGUGGUGCUUACACAGGACCUGCUGAACAAUGCAUUAGCAGCUUGCAACAUAAAAAGACUUCUGUUGAUUUUCAAUCAGAGAGCAACCAAAACAUAUGUGUCGUGUGCAAGAUUGGUGGGAUGAUAUUGUGUUGUGAAGGAAAGGGAUGUGCAAGAAGUUAUCAUCUGUCAUGUCUAGAUCCUCCUUUAAAGGAUUUUCCUCCCGGAGUUUGGUACUGUGUUGGUUGUGUUCGAAAGAAGCUAAUAUCAGGUGUAUAUUCUAUUUCAGAUGGAGUAGAAUCAAUUUGGGAUGUUAAAGAAGUGGAGGUAUCGGAUGACAAUGGAGCUCAAGGGAAGCAAUAUUUAGUUAAAUACAAAGGUCUUGCGCAUGUUCACAAUCAGUGGUUGUCAGAAAAUCAAUUGCUUGCUGAAGCUCCAUUACUUCUUGCAAAGUUCAACCGAAAAAAUGAGGUCAGAAAAUGGAAGCCAGAAUGGACUGAACCACAUCGUUUGCUGCAAAAACGAUUUCUAAAUUUUACCAAGCAAAAUGAUGGGAUUCAAGAGGUUUAUGCUGAUGAUGUUUCAGGUUGCCACUAUGAGUGGCUUGUAAAAUGGCAUGGUCUUGAUUAUGAGCAUGCAACAUGGGAGUUGGAAGAUGAUUCUUUCAUGAAAUUGCCAAAAGUUCAGAGUGUUCUGAAAGAUUACGAGAAUCGACAAAAGAAGACAAACAGAGGUCAUUCUUUGCUUGGAAUAGAUAAGAAACUUGCGAUAGUUUCAUCAGUUAAAUCAUCACAGUUACCAGCUGGAGGUUUAACCGGAUUAGAGAAUAAUCAUCUGGAGUUUAUCCAUAAUCUCCUGGAGAACUGGCAAAAAGGGCAGAAUGCUGUUCUUCUUGAUGAUCAGGAGCGAAUGAUAAGGGUGAUUAAGCUUAUUUCAACUAUGUCAUCCUAUGUCACUUGCCCUAUUCUGAUUGUCACGAUCUCAUCUGCACUUUCUUGGUGGGAUGAAGAGUUUUUUCGUCUUUCACCAUCUCUUGACACUGUGGUUUACCAAGGGGACAAAAAAUUACGAAAAAGUAUAAGGGCUGUGGAAUUUUAUGGAGGUGGGGGCGUAAUUUUUGAUGUACUUGUGACCACUCCAGAAGUUAUUGCAGAGGAUCUAAAUGAGCUUGGAAUGAUAAAAUGGGAAGCAAUAAUAGUCGAGGAGUGCCAGCGGCAAAAAACAUAUUUGCAUUUUGAACAAAUUAAGGGCUUAAGCACGCACAUGAGGCUUCUCAUGUUCAAUGGUCAACUUAAGGACGGUUGCAGUGAGAAUUUGCUGUCUCUGCUUGAGUGUGGCAGUCCGAGGUUAUCAACUCAAUCUAGUCAAGAAUAUGGUAAUGUAAAGGAGAGAUUGUCAAAAUAUGUCGUCAAAAAUUCCAGGUCAGACUCUUCAAGAUUUGAGGAGUACUGGGUUCCCGUACAGAUAUCCAAUAUGCAGCUCGAGCAAUAUUGUGCUACUCUACUUUCAAACUCUUUAUUGCUUUGCUCAUCAUCAUCAAAGAAUGAUCUUGUUGGAGGACUAAGUGAUAUUCUUAUCUCAAUGCGGAAGUGUUGUGAUCAUCCCCACAUCAUGGAUGCACCAAGAUAUGAUAUAUUGAUUAAAGAUGCACAAGCAAUUGACAUUUUAGAUGCUGACAUAAAAGCAAGUGGAAAAUUACAACUACUCGAUUCGAUGCUUUUUGAGAUAAGAAAGAGAGGUUUAAGAGUGAUAGUUCUUUUCCAGUCUAGUGGUCGGAAGGAUAAGGUUGGAGAUAUUUUGGAGGAUUUUGCGCGUGAAAGAUUCGGUAAGGAUUCUUAUGAACGUAUUGAUGGAUUUGUUAAUCCUAAAAGGAAGCAAGCUGCUCUGAACAGCUUCAACAAUCAAAAAACAAGAUUUGUCUUUCUCUUAGAAACACGCGCUUGUUCUUAUAGCGUAAAGCUAUCAUCUAUAGAUGCUGUUAUCAUAUUUGGUAGUGAUUGGAGCCCAGAAAAUGAUUUAAGAAACCUGCGCAAGAUAUCCCUUGAUUCGCAUUUUGAACAGUUAAAAAUAUUCCGUCUGUAUUCGAUGUUCACUGUGGAAGAAAAUGUUCUGAUCCUGGCAAAGCAAGAUAAGACUCCAUAUAAUGAUGCGCAGAGCAUAAAUCGUGCCACUAGUCAGAGUCUGCUCAUGCGGGGAGCUUCAUAUCUUUUCAGUAAGUUGGAUGAGUUUCACAAAAGUUGUGCCCUGAUCAUUGGUGGAAGUUGGUCAUCCGAUCAGUUGUCUGACAAAGAUGUUAUCCAAGAUUUUUUGACCAUACUUUGUCAAAACACAGAUAACAAUUUAAGCAACUCAUCGAUAUUGAAAGCUACUAAAAAUCUAGGAACUUUUGUUUCUGAUAAACUAUUGCCUAGUGAGCAGAAAAUUCAAUUAAGUAAUGAUGAGUUGCCUCAUAUAUUUUGGAAAAAACUGUUGGAUGGAAGACAGCCAAAUUGGAAAUUUUCAUCUGGUUUGUCUCAAAGAAACCGGAAAAGGGUUCAACAAUCUGAGGAUCUUCUGAAGAAACCAGAAGUACAUAUAGAGAAUGUUGUGAAGAAGAAUAGGAAAGUGGCCAAUAUUUAUUUGGAUCCAAACUUCUUCAAAUCUGCCCAAAGGGACGCCACGUCUCGAAAUAACGAAGGAAGUUUUGGAGGUCCUUACAAUAAUGUGCAUCAGUUGAUGUCUGGGUCAACUUAUUUUGCUAAUGCAAGUUACAGAAACCAUGUUCCAAACACUCCAAGCUCGACCACUACUAUAUCAGAAGAAGCUGCAGCUAACCAGGCCAAGUCUGAUGAAAGAAUUAGUUCUCUUGAUUUGCAGAAGAGUCUCCACCUUCUUUUGAAGCCAGAGAUAGCAAAACUUUGUGAGAUCUUACAACUGCCAGAAAAUGUCAAGACUAUGGUUCAUAAAUUCCUUGAAUAUGUAAUGAAUAAUCAUCGUGUUAUGAGAGAGCCAACUACCAUACUACAUGCUUUUCAAAUAUCCCUGUGUUGGAUUGCAGCAUCUUUGCAAAAGCACAAGCUUGAUCACAAAGAAUCUCUUGCACUUGCAAAACAGCAUCUGAAUUUUUGCUGCAAGAAAGAAGAAGCAGACUAUGUAUAUUCAGUGCUCCGGUGUCUGAAGAAAGUAUUUCUUUACCACAUACAGAACUUUAUGCUACCCUGCUCUUCAGAAACUUCUAACUCACCUUCUAAAAUCGCUGGCAACGAGCAUUUACAGGCAGGGUAUGAUAAGUCGCUUCAGCUGGGAUUGGCACAGCAAGAUUAUUUGAGAACUAUCAAAGAUAUUGAGAAGAAAUGCGAUAGACAGAUGAGAAGGCUUUCUGAGAAGCAACAGGAAGACAUAGAAAAAUUUAAUAAAAAGUACAAUGAAGAGAAGAUACUACUUGAGAAAAGACAGAGAACAGAAGCAGCUGUUAUUCGUUUGCACAGUAGUAGUUCAAUGAGAAUAGAUAAACUUGGGUUACUGGAUAGUGAAUACAAAAAAAAGUUUGAAGAACUUGAACAGGGGAUGGACAAACAACGCAAAAUUCUUGAGGGGAUGCACGUGUCUGCAAGGAACAAGAUGGAAGAGAAAAAAGCUCAUUGGUUGGAAGGAGUGAAAUCUUGGGCAAAGGAUGAAUUACUAAAAAUGACACCACCAAUUGACAGUGGGCAUAAUCAAGAAAAAACUGCCUCGUUGCUGAGGGAGGGAUCAGAAAUAAGUACACUUCCAUCUGAAAAACAGUUUCAUAAUGCAGAAGUUACAAUGGGAGUUACUGGGGCUGUUAAUACCGGUAGCGUCUCAUCUAAUGAGCAGAAUCCUCAUGAAACCACAUUAACGGCGCCUAGUAACUCAAAUAACAAUGCAACUGAAGUUGAUCAGCAGGAUGUAGCAGAAAGGGAUUCUAUUGAAGUAGCAAGCAGUAACGAUAGGAUACAACAGGAUAAAGAGGUUUCGAUGCAUAAGAGUAUAAGCAAUGGAGCUUCUCAUUCUUCUGGUAAAACAGCUGAACUUGACCAACAGGAUGUGGAUGCUUCAUCCACAGUUCCUGAAACUGCUACAGGUGAAAUACGUGAGGGUGGUGGGACUAGUAAGCAGCAGGAUGAAAUGAUUCAAGCAGUUGAAACAGUUGAAAAUCCAGUCUCUCAAUUGCUGAACCAGACUGAAUGUCGUCUCCCAACUGAAUGCUCUAGAUCGCAAGAUGGAGUUGCAUCAGUAAGUGGAAAUUGCAAUACUUCUCAGCCAGUUUCGGCAAGUCAGCAUAGUGCUCAUGUGCCAAUUUCCGAGGAAUUGCAGCAAAUGCCAUCAACAGACUCUGUUAUUAGUUCCGAUACUGCAAAUUUACCUUCAGCUAGAGGGAUAGAACAUCAGCCAAUCUGUGAAGAUCAUAUCACUGCUAACGUUGCUGAGACGUCCACACAAAUGGUAGAGGACCAGAUGGAAUACUUGCAUCAAGCUGUUUCACAGCCUGUGACAAAUACUAUGCAAGAUCUGCCCGCUGAUGCCCCCUCUGAUAGAUCACGGAUACUUGUUUCAGAUACAAGAACUCUAUCUAUUCCCUUAAGAGUUGAUAAUCAUACUGCGCAAAGAGUGUCCUCUGUGAGAGUACCUCCUCUCCCUUUGUAUCAUGAUCCGCUUCAAAUUGAAUUGGAGAAAAUAUGCAAAGAAGUAGACCAAACUGUCAAUACCCAUGAGGAUGCGAAGCUGCGGUUGAAAUCAGAUUGUGAGAAGGAGAUGGAGGAAAUUCGGCGAAAGUAUGAUAUUAAACUUCAGGAGGCGGAAUCUGAAUACCUCUCAAAGAAAAAAGAACUAGAUACAAAGAAAAACAGAGUUCUUAUGAGCAAGCUCUUGGCGGAGCAAUUCAGAUCUAAGUGUACGGAUAUCAAGGCAGCUAGUAGUGGACUUGCAAUGCAGCAAGAGCUACCCACUUACAUGCAGCAGCUGGUUCACCUAACAUCGCUAAAUACGCGUACUGGACAGAGGAAUGCCAUUGCCACUGGUACAUCUCCAGCUCGUCCACCAUCAGGUGGCCCUCAAAACACAGUGACCAACUCUCGUGCUGUAUCUCCAUCUAUUCAUGUCGCACAUCCGCCCCCAAUACCACUUUCGUCCGGCAACAUGACAAGACCUCAUAUAAGUUCAAUUGCCCCGAUCAAUCUUCCUCCCCCACAUUUACAACGUUUUAGGGCUUCAUCAUCCCCAGUACCAACAAAUCUCUCUUCGAGUCAGCAGAUGCCUUGUAGUCUCCCAACUUCAUCCGCAAUCCCUCAACCUCCAAUUCAACAAUAUCCAUUAUCAUCCCCAGUACCGACGAAUCUCUCUUCGAGUCAGCAGAUGCCUUGUAAUCUCCCAACUUUAUCCCCAACCCCCCAACUUCCAAUUCAACAAUAUUCAUCCACAGAACAACCUCGUCCGCUUAACAAUGUACAUCAGCCUGAAAUUUCAAGAAUUUCGCCGCCUCCCGUGCCUGAGUUGCUUAUGGAUGAAGAUAAUCACGCAACGCACCCGCUCCUGGAUUUAGGUUCUAAAUCAGAUUGUGGGGUCCCACCCGGGUUUAGGUUGCCGAAGAAUACUACUACUGCAACAACUCCCAGUGAGGUGGUUUGUUUAUCAGAUGAUGAUUAAGGUAUAAUAUCAUUGAUAUCUAACAUAUUAGGUUCAUCUAAGUUGUAGUUUUUGGAGUGCGUUUUUGAGAUCCGCACUCGUAACAUGUAGGGUUUAUGGACAUUCGGUUUAUGGAUGAAUAUCCAGUUGUAUAUGAUGCAACUUUGUAUAAUUAGAUUCUUACAGAAGUAGUCGCACCAUAUCUAAUCUAAAGCAUGACUUAAAUUGUAACA